CAGAAGCUUAAGGAAAAAACUGCACAAAUGGGAAAAGGAACAAGAAGUUUCGGUAAGAGGAGGAAUAAGACUCAUACACUGUGUGUUAGAUGUGGUCGCCGUAGCUUCCAUAUCCAGAAGAGUUGUUGUUUUGCUUGUGCUUACCCUGCUGCUCGUCUUAGAAAAUAUAACUGGAGCGUCAAGGCACUUAGAAGAAAGACCACUGGAACUGGUCGUAUGAGGUAUCUCAGCAAUGUGCCCCGCAGGUUUAAGACGAACUUCAGAGAAGGAACCGAGGCAGCUCCAAUGAAGAAAGGCACUGCUGCAACCUCUUAAGUUUCUAAAGAAGCAGUUUGACCUUGUUUCAUUUUGAUUUUGCCUUCCAUUUUGU